AACACAGCCUCGCCUUCCUCGUGCUACGCGAUUGUGGUUAGGUACCAACCAUCUUCCUCCGCGGGUCUUACUUCAGCACGGCGCGCUACUACUCCUAGCACGGAGCAGAGCAGGACAGGACAUUAAUGGCGUCCAAGGGCGAGAGGGAUGUGGAGAUCCACGUCUCCUCCCCGCCGCCCGACGACCGCGACGCCGCUAGGCCCUUGCUGCCCGCCGCCUGCGAGGCCUACUCCGUCUCCGCCGCAAUCCUCCCCUUCUUUUUCCCAGCUCUGGGUGGGCUUCUCUAUGGCUAUGACAUCGGGGCAACAUCUGGUGCCACCAUAUCGCUCAAGUCCCCCACAUCCAGUGGUACAGCAUGGCACGACCUGUCAUCAGUGCAAACCGGCCUCGUGGUCAGCGGCUCACUCUAUGGUGCUUUGAUCGGAUCCGCCACGGCAUUCACCAUUGCGGAUUUUCUAGGAAGGCGCAGAGAGCUUGUUGUUUCUUCUAUCAUGUAUUUGAUUGGAGCUCUUCUCACCGCAGUGGCUCCUAACUUCCUUAUCAUGGUGGUUGGUCGCUUUUUAUAUGGCAUAGGAAUUGGAUUGGCUAUGCACGCUGCUCCAAUGUAUAUUGCUGAGACUGCUCCAAGUCAGAUUAGAGGCAUGCUCAUCUCUCUCAAGGAGUUCUUUAUUGUUCUUGGGAUGCUUCUUGGUUAUAUAGUAGGCAAUCUAUUUGUUGAAGUGAUUUCUGGUUGGCGCUACAUGUAUGCCACCAGUGCUCCGAUAUGUGUCAUUAUGGGCAUCGGAAUGUGCUGGUUACCUUGUUCACCUAGGUGGCUUCUGUUAUGUGCCACACAAGGAAAAGGAGAUCUGCGGGAGACAAAAGAAAAUGCUACACGUUGCUUAUGUCGAUUGAGGGGUCAAGCGUCACCUGAUUUGGUUUCGGAGCAGGUCAAUUUGAUUCUGGAAGAACUCUCAUACGUUGGUGAAGAGAAAAAAGCAGGCUUCAGUGAGAUCUUUCAAGGAAAGUGUCUCAAAGCAAUGAUAAUUGGAUGUGGUUUGGUGUUCUUUCAGCAGGUCACUGGUCAACCAAGUGUGCUAUAUUAUGCUGCGACAAUUUUUCAGAGUGCUGGAUUCUCUGGAGCAUCUGAUGCCACUCGUGUAUCAAUUCUUCUUGGCUUGCUGAAGCUGAUUAUGACUGGAGUUGCCGUUCUUGUGGUUGACAAACUUGGCAGAAGACCAUUACUAAUUGGUGGUGUUAGUGGAAUUGCUGUCUCCCUAUUCUUAUUGUCUUCAUACUAUACCUUGUUUACGGGUGCUCCUUAUGUGGCUGUAAUAGCACUUCUACUGUAUGUUGGCUGCUACCAGUUAUCAUUUGGCCCGAUUGGCUGGCUUAUGAUUUCGGAGGUUUUCCCGCUGAAACUGCGUGGCCGUGGAUUGAGUGUUGCUGUUCUUGUGAACUUCGCCUCCAACGCGCUUGUCACUUUUGCUUUCUCCCCACUAGAGGACUUGAUUGGCACCGGGGUUCUCUUUGCUUCGUUUGGGGUGAUUGCGGUGGCGUCUCUCGCAUUCAUAUUCUGCAUUGUGCCUGAAACAAAAGGGCUCACCCUGGAAGAAAUCGAAGCCAAACUGUAGAUCCAACUAUCUGCCCGUGUUAUUCAGAGCAUGAAGAAUUAUUCUUAUUCGGGAAAAGAAUCCGAGCAUGGAAUUUCUUCAAGGGUGGAGAAAAGGAGGGGAUCAAAGUCACCGUAGAUCCGGGUGGUACGAUUGUCGCCAUAGCUUUCUCUUUUUCACUUCCACUACGAAUGCACGCAUGAUAUGUGGCAUUGCCCCUUGCCCUUGGGAUCGCGAGUGUUAAAUGUGCGUGGAAUAUUUUCAGAACAAAGACAGAUGCCGGCGAGUUCAGUGCGUAAUCCAGGCCGUGAGUGCCCAGGGUAUCCGCACGUGUGAGGUCUGUUCGGGAACCUGCAGGUGCUGUUGCACAAUGCACAAUGCACAAUGUCUAAUGCUCAUUGGUUAUCAAAAAGUUAGACGUUUCUCCGGAACAAAUAACAUUUUGAGUCCUUUUGUGUCUGUGAUGGCGUCUACACAAUCCACGUAGGGAUGCAAAUUUGUGACCUUCAUUGUACCCUGACUUUUGUAAAUUUAGUUCAUUUGGUUGAACAAAUGGUCACCCGCUA